AUGGAGAACCAGUCUUGGGACUUCUUCGGGACAUUUGUGGGCAAUGCCAGUGCCAACCAGACCGUUCUGGACAAGAUGCCCCAUUUGCCCUUGGAGGUUCAGGUGGUUACCAUCUUGUUGGUGCUGCUGAUCUGUGGGGUGGGCAUUGCAGGCAAUGUCAUGGUGGUCAUGGUGGUCCUCCGAACCAAGCACAUGGUGACCCCCACCAACUGCUACCUGGUGAGCCUGGCUGUGGCCGACUUAAUUGUGCUGUUGGCUGCAGGGCUGCCCAACAUCUCCGAAGUUGUGGCCUCCUGGGUGUAUGGCUACGCUGGCUGCUUGUGCAUUACCUACCUGCAGUAUCUGGGCAUCAACAUCUCGGCAUGCUCCAUCACUGCCUUCACAGUGGAGCGCUACAUUGCUAUCUGCCACUCUAUGAAGGCGCAGCUGCUCUGCACCGUUGCCCGGGCCAAGCGCAUCAUCACCUGUGUGUGGCUCUUCACCUCUCUCUACUGCCUCAUGUGGUUCUUCCUGGUGGACACCUCCCAAGCCAUGUUCGCUGAUGGCACCCAGGUCAGCUGCGGCUACCGUGUUUCUAGGAACCUAUACAUGCCCAUCUACUUCCUGGAUUUCACCAUCUUUUAUGUCAUCCCGCUGGGCUUGGCCACUGUCCUCUACGGCCUCAUUGCCCGCAUCCUCUUCAUGAACCCGCUGCCUGCCACCCCGCAGCAUGCAGGCCGGCUGAGCAAACACGACAGCUCCAUCAGCACCUCCAGCUCCAUGAAGCUCUCUUGCCGGGGGAACAAGGGUGCCCUGAGCUCCAGGAAACAGGUGACAAAGAUGCUGGCUGUGGUGGUGGUCCUCUUUGCCCUUCUGUGGAUGCCGUACCGCACUUUGGUGGUGGUGAACUCCUUCAUGGACCCUCCUUACCUGAACAUCUGGUUCGUCCUCUUCUGCAGGCUCUGCAUCUACCUGAACAGCGCGAUAAACCCUAUCAUUUAUAACGUGAUGUCUCAAAAGUUCAGAGCUGCCUUCAAAAAGUUAUGCAAAUGUAAGCAGAAGAGAACUGAAAUUGCCACUCCGUACAAUGCCCCUGUCUUCUACAGCACCAUGAAAGACUAUUCCCAUGAUAGCUCUGAGCACGACGUCACGGAACAAGAAGUUCUCAACGGUUAUCCAGCAGCAGCAAGGAAAAGCAGACCUUCCAAAUAACACCAACUUCCAUAGCAGCGACCACCGACUGAAACAGUUUCAAUUACAGAUGAAUAGCAUGCCACCGGCCCAACAUGAACCUCUUGCCACUGGGAUGCAAUAUUUUCAUAAGGCGAAUAUGGUUUACUUUAAUGUUAACUUAGGCUCAACCUUUGUCAGCAGUUUGCAUAAU